GAUCAGAUGUUGACCUACUUGAGGAUAUUUGCAGUAAAUCAUCAGAAAAUAUCCAGUUUGCACAUAUAGAAUAUGUGCUGCUGUAAGAAAGCAAGUGUAAAAAGAUCAAAACUAUUUGUACCUUUUGGAAGAAAUUACAGUUCCUUACCAGGCUUAAUAGGAAAUGACAUCAAAUCCUUUUCAGUCAUUAAUCCUCCUAUAGCUAAAAUCCGUAUAUUGGAUAUGGCUCAUAUUGAUGCAGGCAAAACUACCAACGAAAGAAUAUUAUACUAUUCUGGAUAUACAAGAUCACUGGGAGAUGUUGAUGAUGGAGACACAGUGACAGAUUUCAUGGCUCAAGAGCGAGAAAGAGGCAUUACUAUUCAGUCAGCUGCUGUUACAUUUGAUUGGACGGGGUAUAGACUCAAUCUUAUUGAUACACCAGGUCAUGUGGACUUCACAUUGGAGGUUGAGCGCUGCUUAAGAGUGUUGGAUGGUGCAGUGGCUGUAUUUGAUGCCUCUGCUGGUGUAGAGGCCCAAACUCUCACAGUGUGGAGGCAAGCUGAUAAGCACAAGGUACCGCGAAUUUGUUUUUUAAACAAGAUGGACAAAACUGGAGCAAGUUUUAACUAUGCAGUUGAAAGCAUCAGAGAGAAGUUAAAGGCAAAGCCUUUGCUCUUAUAGUUACCAAUUGGUGAAGCCAAAACUUUCAAAGGAGUGGUGGAUAUAGUAAGUAAAGAAAAACUUCUUUGGAAUACUAAUUCAGAUGAUGGAAAAGACUUCAAGAGAAAACCCCUUUUGGAAACGAGUGAUACUGAAUUGUUGAAGAAGACAGUUGAAGCAAGGAAUGCCUUAAUUGAACAAGUUGCAGAUUUGGAUGAUGAAUUUGCUGACUUGGUUUUAGGAGAAUUUAGUGAAAAUUUUGAUUUGGUACCAGCUGAAAAGCUGCAGACCGCAAUACAUAGAGUAACAGUGGCUCAGAUGGCAGUGCCUGUUCUUUGUGGAAGUGCCCUGAAAAACAAAGGUGUACAACCCUUAUUAGAUGCUAUUACUAUGUACUUGCCUUCACCCGAAGAGCGCAACUAUGAAUUUCUGCAGUGGUAUAAGGGUGAUUUGUGUGCACUGGCAUUUAAAGUUCUUCAUGACAAGCAGAGAGGCCCCGUGGUUUUUAUGCGCAUUUAUUCAGGCAUGUUAAAGCCCCAGUUAGCCGUCCAUAAUAUUAAUGGAAACUGCACGGAGAGAAUAAGUCGUCUGCUUUUGCCAUUUGCUGAUCAACAUAUAGAAAUCCCUUCACUGACUGCUGGUAACAUCGCUUUGACUGUUGGGCUUAAACAGACUGCCACUGGAGACACCAUUGUCUCAUCCAAAUCUAGCGCAUUAGCUGCAGCUCAUCAAGCCAAGUGGGAGGGAGAAAAGAAGUAUAAACAAAACAGGGAUGCAGAGAGACUUCUGUUGGCUGGAGUAGAGAUUCCAGAACCUGUUUUCUUCUGUACAAUAGAACCCCCAUCAGUGGCUAAGCAACCAGAUUUGGAUCACGCAUUGAAGUGUCUGCAGCGUGAAGAUCCCAGUUUGAAAGUGAGGCUAGAUCCUGACUCUGGACAAACUAUCCUAUGUGGUAUGGGGGAACUACAUAUUGAGAUUAUUCAUGACCGGAUCAAGAGGGAAUAUGGCCUAGAGACCUAUCUAGGGCCUCUCCAGGUGGCUUACCGAGAGACCAUCCUAAAUUCAGUUCGUGCCACAGAUACCUUAGACAGAACUUUUGGAGACAAACGGCAUCUUGUGACUGUAGAACUAGAGGCAAGGCCGACUGAAAAGCCAUCUGUUACGCCAGUGAUUGAGUAUGGUGAAAGUGUCAGUGGAGACCUUUUGAAGGCCUCUCAAGAGGCCAUCGAAAAUGGAAUUCACAGUGCAUUCCUUCAAGGACCGUUGCUUGGAUCCCCCAUUCAAGAUGUGGCAAUUACUUUACAUUCUAUGGUAAUUCAUCCUGGUACCUCCACAACUAUGGUUUCUGCCUGUGUCUCCAGAUGUGUACAGAAGGCUCUGAAGAAAGCUGACAAGCAAGUUUUAGAGCCCCUGAUGAAUCUUGAAGUUACAGUGGCUAGAGAUUACCUCAGCCCUGUCUUGGCAGAUCUGGCACAAAGGAGAGGGAACAUUCAGGAAAUCCAGACUCGCCAGGACAACAAAGUUGUUAUUGGAUUUGUUCCCUUAGCAGAACUUAUGGGUUAUUCAACUGUGCUUCGAACACUUACGUCAGGCUCAGCUACUUUUGCCCUGGAAUUAUCUACUUAUGAAGCCAUGAGUCCUCAAGACCAACGUAUACUGCUCACCCGGAGAAGUGGUUCAUCCUAACUGUUUUAGGUCCCUUGGAAAGAAGUUCAGUAAGACCAAUUUUUAUUGUAUUUAUUGGACAAAUCACUGUUUCAGUACAUUCAAAGAACCAGGACUGGAGUUGUCCAUUCUAACUUAUAUGAGAAAUGUACUUUGUUUAUGGUAAAUGUACCUGAAACAUGUUUUUUCUCUAUGAAGUUAUAUGAAGAUUGUUAUUACAAGUUUAAUCCUUUUGUUUAACUUCUCUGACAAGAAAGAUGUCAAUUUUCUGUAUGUAAUGUAAAAUAAGAGAUUCAAUCAUAAAAAUAAUUUAUUUCAAAAACAGUCCCCUCGGUCUUAAUUUACAUGAUUUCAAAAUCCAGUUGAUUAUAGCACGAUUGUUGUGGUCUUUUUCCCUUAGCUCAUGUUUACAGUUUGUUCUCAUGGUUAACAAUAUCCAAUAUAAAGAGGUUCUGCAUCUAUUCCACGUCUGUAGACAAAAAACAUGAAUAAAAGAUGUUUAUUUUUCAG